AUGGAUCUAGGCACCACUAAAUUAUUAGGAGCUCCUUCCCCUUCUUCUUCUUCUUCUUUCACCAAUUCAUGGACACACGAUGUGUUUCUCGGCUUUAGAGGUGAGGACACACGCUACAAUUUCACAGACCAUCUACACAAAAAUUUGGUCCAGAGGGGCAUUAGAACCUUCAUAGAUGAUGAGCUCCCAAGAAGAGAAGAAAUAUCACAUGCACUUCUUGAUGCAAUUGAAGGAUCGAGGUGUUCCAUCAUCGUAUUCUCUGAAAACUAUGCAUCCUCGAAGUGGUACUUGGAUGAACUUGUUCAUAUCAUUCAGUGUAGAAAAUCAAAGCAACAGAUGGUUUGGCCAGUUUUCUACAAAGUGGAUCCCUCAGAUGUAAGGAACCAAAGAGGUAGUUAUGGCGAGGCACUGAAUAACCAUGAACGCAAAUUCAAAGAGCAGAAACUUACUAAUCAUGAUGAAAGUAAAUUCGAGGACAAUAUGAAGAAGGUGCUGAGAUGGAAGGAAACCCUUAUGCUCCAUUUGGAUGAAGGAAUUGCAAAUUACAUAGAAUUUUAA